AUGGGAUUCAAGCUCAUAGUCGUUGGCUCAACCGGCUUCCUAGCCACAGAAAUAAUCAAACAAGCGCUUUCCGAUCCUCGCAUCACAUCUGUCAUAGCCAUAGCACGACGCGAAACAGUUUUACCACCAGAUUCUGGUGUCGAUACUGCUAAAUUGAAGUCUGUUGUUUGUCAUGACUUUUUUGACUGGCAGAGAUUGACGACAUCGAUUUAUGGUUGUAAGGCUUGUAUCUGGACCAUCGGACUCAAGCCCUCCCAAUCACUAACCACCGAUCCCCAAGAAGCACGCAGAAUAUGUCUCGACUACACGCUAUCAGGCAUGGACACACUAAAGCAACUCUGGGGCAUCCACGAAGCAUCUCCAUGGGCAUCGCAACAUUCUUUUCGCUUCAUCUAUGUGAGCGCCGCUAAUGCUGAGCGUGAUCAGGGGAAGAAACCUUGGAUUUUGGGGGAUUUGUGUUUAUUGCGGGGCGAAACCGAAACCAGCAUCCUCGCCCUCGCACACGAAUCCAACAACCGCAUCUCAGCCUGUAUCGCCAAGCCUGGACACAUAGUCCCCAAUUCCAAUCCCAUACUCGAUACCAAUAUCAAGAACACACUCUCAACACUCGGCGCUCGUAUAGCCGGCGUACCAACCAUAUGUGUGACAGAAAUGGCGGCUGCGCUUUUGCAUCAGGCGGUUGUGGGAACUGAGGGGGAGACGCUGUUGAAUGGGGAUUUGGUGAGGAUUGGGAGGAAGGUUUUGGGGGAUUUGGGGGAGAGUGCGGAUGGGGAUAGGGCUGGAGAGGUGGAGGUGGAUGGGAAGGGAAAGGGGGAAUCUGUGGGGGGUGGUAUUUAA